UUUCUUUUUCUUUUCUUUAUCUAUUGCUUGGUUAUUAUGCGCUUCACUCAGAUUAUAGUGUUACUAGCUCUUGUAGCCUUAGUCACAUUGUUUCAAGAGACAUCCGCAAAAAGACUCAGUCGACGCAAAUUAAGAAACUUUAAAAAGAGAUUUGGUGACGGCUUACCAUCAGCUACUGAUGCUGGACGAAAUGCUGCUCAAGCUGCUGGCCAAGGCGCUGGUCAAGCAGCUCAAGCUGCUGCCCCCCCUCCUCCUCCACCACCCAAUUGUGCUGUGCCUCAGAACCCACCUAACCCAAGCUGCCCACAAAACGUCAAUGUGCCUGCUGUUCUUCCUAACUUUGUAAACCCACCACCUACCACACUACCUGCUGUUCCUAUGCCUGCUGCCUUGCCUGCUUUAGCGCUUCCCGGCCUUCCUGGUUUACCUGCUGUUCCUGCUGCACCUGCUUUACCCGCUGUCACCAUGCCUACACUACCUGCUGUUACACCACCCGACCUCAGUACCAUUGUUGCAACAGGUCCACCAAAAGACGAUUAAAAUUUAUUCAUCCAUUUAUUUUAUUUACAUUUGUAUCACUUAGAAAUUGAAACAGUAACAAUAAAACAAACAUUUCAAAAUAC